AUGAGUUGGCCACAGCAAUCGCAAAAGAAUACCACGGACCUUCAGGCGCCAAUGGGCGACUUCAGUACUCAGUAUGAGAUGGCAGAUAAGAGAGCCGAAGCGCAUAUCCAGCACCAAGAAGACCAAGGUCGUCAUGGCCUCUACAUGCCCAGCCAGGGUGCCGAGACUCUGAUUCAGCAGCGUGCGGAAUAUAUCCGUAACAGGUUGGAGAUCCCCAUCGACAGGCAAAAGUUUACCGGCAUCUGGAAUCACUAUCACGAUGUGAGAAGCUACCCCCAGUCUUGGAUGGUUGCUCCAACAGCACACAUGGUUCCGUCAACACACACAACCCAACCUGGAGUGGACUUUCCUAGCGGCCCGCUGUCGAUGGGAGUUCAGCAACAUGGCCAGUUUACGACGUCUCUAUGCUCGAACAUGAUUCACGAUACCCGCAUGCCCGAGUUCAGGACUUCCCUCUCAGAAACCCUCGCCACGUAA